AUGUGCAUUACGUCCAGCUCUCUAACCUCCUCGUCUCUUCCUGUGCUCCUCCAGCAGGCAGGUGUAGGUGACGACUGCUCACAGCCAACGGAUCUGAAGGUGAAGACGGAGCCAGUUUGUAAGACGGAGCCGUCUUCGCCCGAACCGUCCCCCGCCGAGGACCAGACCGAACCCGUUGACCUGUCGCUCAACAAGCCCCGCUCCUCCUCGCUCCCUGCUUUUCUAACGAGCAUCACGGUCAACCCCGCACCCAGCGACAUCCUGACCCAAUCCAGCCUCUCGGCUACACCCGUCCCCUCUGCAAUACAGUCGAUAGGCUCCAUGGUCCUCACUCCAGGCUCCAUCUUGGCCACUCAGGGCGCCGGGGGUCAGCAGAUCCUCCACGUCAUCCAUACGAUCCCCUCGGUCAGCAUGCCCACCAAGGUGGGGCAGCUCCAGACCAUCCCAGUGGUGGUGCAGUCGCUGCCUGUUGUCUACACCACCAUGCCUACCGACGGCUUCGCCACGGCAGCCAUUACAGUGCCGCUCAUAGGCAGUGAUGGGCGCUCAGAAGGAUCUGUUCGCAUUAAGCCAGGUUCAACGUCUCCGGUGGAGUAUCAGAGCGACAGCGAUGCAGAGAGCGGUACAGAGUCGGGAUCGGCCUCCCUCAGCGUCCAGAGCCUCGACCAGCGCUCGGCGAUGGACUUAGAACCCGUGGAUCCAGACUCGCCGGACAUCAGGAGGAGGCGGAUCCACAUGUGUGACUAUGAAGGCUGUAAAAAGGUUUACACCAAGAGUUCUCACCUGAAAGCCCACCGGAGGAUACACACAGGAGAGAAGCCCUACCACUGCACCUGGGAGGGCUGCACCUGGCGCUUCGCCCGCUCCGACGAGCUGACUCGACAUUUCCGCAAGCACACCGGAAUCAAACCUUUCCGCUGCACCGAGUGCGACCGCUCCUUCUCCCGGUCCGACCACCUCUCCCUGCACCGCCGCCGCCACGUCAUGAUGUGAACUCUGCCCCCCCUCCUUACCCUGUGACAAAAUCCAUCACAGCACAUCUUGUACCAGUGCCCCCCCCCCUUCAGCAGAUUAAAAAAAGACUCCGUACCUCCUUCGCCUUCCUCCUCCUCCUCCUCCUCUUCAUCAUGAAAUCACAGGGAUAUCAGGAAUGUGCAUCAUCAUCAUCAUUUUCAUCACCGUCCACCCAGCAAGUCCCGUCCCCCCCCAUCCUCCUGCUCCACCCGUCACCUCAGACAGAGAAGGACGGACUGAAGGUCGUCCAACAGCCGUUCAUCCAUCCGUCACAUGCAUCCAUCCACCGGAGAAGAGGAGGAGGAAGAGGAGGAAGAGGAGGAAGAGGGUUUUGUUCUUGAACUGAAACCAGAAGAGGAAUCUCAAGAGAGACGUCACUUCAGCUGAUCCAACAAUACUCCUUGUGUAUAUCCAGAGUUGUGUUUGAGUGGAACCACAGGAACCUUUUCAGGAACUCAAGAACUUUCUCUUCACCGUUCUGAGAACUUUGGCACAUUAUUGAUCCAAAUCAGGAGCUUGUGAUCAAAGAAUACAAGUUCUGAAUCUGUCGGUGUUAUGUGUCACCAACAACGUAUUAAAACAAGCUCUUGAGUUCCUGAACAGCCAGCAGCUCAGGAACCAUCAGCGUGUAGCAGGAACACACACUGCUACACGCUCCUUCUGCUUCUGUUACAUCAGGUCGAACACUUUUACAUCAUUGGACUUCAUUUGCAGAAUCUUCAGAGUUCUGCAGUAGAAAAUGUGAAAACUCUGCUCUCAGUUCCUGCUGCUGUUUGGAGUCUCAAACAAGCAACAACUUAGAUUUGAUUAGUAAGAAAGCUCCUCAGCUGUGUGAUGAUAUCGUGUUGGUGCAUGUAGUGACGUCACACAGAUGUCCCCCCCCCCCUGGUACAAGGAGCUACAAGACUGUGAACUUUAUAAAGAUUCAUUUGUUUUUAUUGUAUCAAUCAACUUAUUGUCGUUUGCGUGUCCCCCCCCCCCCCCCGCACACACCUUCAUCAUUGUUCUUGGAUAAUAGUAUUUGCUUUUUAUGCGUCGUUGCUGUCGUCUUAUGAAAUAAGACUUCGAUUCUGUGUUUCUUUCUCCUCCUUCCUUUUGAAAACACACUUCAGAGUCUUUGGUUGUGUUCUGUGAAAAAGACUGAGGAGACACAAGUAGUUUGAGAUUACAAGUAAAACUCUCGCGCAGGGAACAGGGGAGCCUUUGUGAGUGUGUGUGUGUGUGUGUGUGUGUGUGUGUGUGUGUGUGUGUGUGUGUGUGUGUGUGUGUGUCUGUGAGUGAGUGUGCAUGUUUUGAGACAAACACAUAAUCAGAAUUUAAGAUUUGUACGAGUGUGUGUUCCGGGCACUUGUUGUGUUACCUCUUGCCCGUUGAGCCUUAAUACCUGAAGUGAAUCUGUGAGGGCGAAGCAGAGCUGCUGACGGACAGGUCUGCACUGUGGGCGGGAUGUGAUCACACAGACAGGUCUGCACUGUGGGUGGGAUGUGAUCACACAGACAGGUCUGCACUGUGGGCGGGAUGUGAUCACACAGACAGGUCUGCACUGUGGGUGGGAUGUGAUCACACAGACAGGUCUGCACUGUGGGCGGGAUGUGAUCACACAGACAGGUCUGCACUGUGGGCGGGAUGUGAUCAAACACAGACAGGUCUGCACUGUGGGCGGGAUGUGAUCACACAGACAGGUCUGCACUGUGGGCGGGAUGUGAUCACACAGACAGGUCUGCACUGUGGGCGGGAUGUGAUCACACAGACAGGUCUGCACUGUGGGCGGGAUGUGAUCAAACACAGACAGGUCUGCACUGUGGGCGGGAUGUGAUCACACAGACAGGUCUGCACUGUGGGCGGGAUGUGAUCACACAGACAGGUCUGCACUGUGGGCGGGAUGUGAUCAAACACAGACAGGUCUGCACUGUGGGCGGGAUGUGAUCACACAGACAGGUCUGCACUGAGGUCGGGAUGUGAUCAAACACAGACAGGUCUGCACUGAGGUCGGGAUGUGAUCACACAGACAGGUCUGCACUGAGGUCGGGAUGUGAUCAAACACAGACAGGUCUGCACUGUGGGCGGGAUGUGAUCACACAGACAGGUCUGCACUGUGGGCGGGAUGUGAUCACACAGACAGGUCUGCACUGUGGGCGGGAUGUGAUCACACAGACAGGUCUGCACUGAGGUCGGGAUGUGAUCAAACACAGACAGGUCUGCACUGAGGUCGGGAUGUGAUCACACAGACAGGUCUGCACUGAGGGCGGGAUGUGAUCAAACACAGACAGGUCUGCACUGAGGUCGGGAUGUGAUCACACAGACAGGUCUGCACUGUGGGCGGGAUGUGAUCACACAGACAGGUCUGCACUGUGGGCGGGAUGUGAUCAAACACAGACAGGUCUGCACUGAGGUCGGGAUGUGAUCACACAGACAGGUCUGCACUGAGGGCGGGAUGUGAUCAAACACAGACUAAAUUUAAAGAGGGUGCUCGAGAAAAAUCACAAAAUAAUUCCCGUCAAGCUGAUUAUGAAACAAUGAGCAGUGUGAACAUGUCUGUCAGCGGCUCUGUGAGGACCGGGCGCUGUGUCGGGCCGCCAGGGUCGAUGUAAACCACGGGGGGAACUAAGCGCUCUCCUCGCUAGCAUUUCUACCAGGGCGGGGGGGGGGGCGGCUUCUCUUUCAACCAAGUUUGUUUUUUUCAGCCUCUAAAAAGUGACUUCCUGUCCAACAGAGAACCUUGACGCUGAAUCUGAUCUGCACAUUUCUGGAAACCUGAACAGAUUUCCGGCGAGCCUCUCACCCGGGGGGCGGGGGCUGAACUUGAUUAUGCAACAUAACACAGACCUCGCUCUGGGUGGUGGAGCACCAGCUGGUAGUCGCGCCGCAUCAAGAACACGUGUGUGUGACGUGUUGAGGGAGUGUGUGUGAUCGAGUGUGUGUGAGCAUCACCAUCCUCACAAACAAAAAGGAAAACACACAUUCAGCUUCGGAGUCACUGUUGUUGUCAUUUCAAAUGCUAGUGAGCGAGAGCGCAGCGUCACCUGCCCCCCCACCUGUAACAGACCCCCCACCCUGCAUCUGUUCUGCGCCGCACGGAGAAAUCCGUCUCAGCAAAACGAGAAUAUGAAUGAAAUUCACUUUUCUUUGUGCAGUGCAGACUUCCUCCUGACGUCCCUCUGCUUCAACUGAAACAACAACUAGUUACUAAGCACAUCUUUCUAGAAGAGUAUAUGCAUUUGAUUGCAAUUUUCUUUCUUUUGUAAACUGUUGAUAAAGACAUUAAGGACAAUGACAGAUGAUUAAGAUAAAUCCAUGUACAUAAAUGUAUAUAAUCAAAAGUGCAGAGUAAAUGUAACGGGUUUCUAUUUUUAACACUGACUAGAUAAUGUGAACAAAUCUUUUUCUUUCUUCUUCCUCUGUUGGUUUGAUGAAGUGCGUUUCAUCAUGUGUUCUUUUCAUAUCUAAUAACAUUUGUUUGGUAGUUAAAGAAACGCGUCGGUCCCACUUGUGUUGUGCACUUGUUGCAUGGAGAGUAGCCUUCUGGCUUUAUAGUGACGUUGGUGAGCAUGUCAGUGUGUGUGAGACCUUCACGUGAGACCAAACACAUUGACAAUUAUUAAUUAGGGAUCCAUUUAUUAUUGUAACAGAGCUUAAUAUUUUUGCACUGGACCUCAUUUAAAAUAUAAAACAGUGACACGUGAGCUUUAAUGGUGGAACAGGGCUACACAUCUAAACGUUUGUUUUGUUAUUUUGGAUUGUUUGUCGGGUUUACACUCAGUCCCAGAGUCACAGGCGCAGACAGGAAACAGCAUUUCCACAUUUGAAAUAUGCGUUUUCAUUUCCUCACAUUUGAUCUUCAGACAUUGAAGGAGUAAAAGUUUGAAUGUUCAAGAUGUUUGUAUCUAAUCAGACGGAUGCCACGGCACCUUCACUCUUGUUACAUUGAGCAGCACACACACACACACACACACACACACACACACACACACACACACACACACACACACACUGAGGGCGACCCUCAGCUCUGUGGACGGUGACCCAGACUGUAGUCUUUUCGCUGGUGUUGGACGUGUUGCAGGAGACUGAUGCAUGUGUUCGUGUUUUUCCUGCUUCCUGUUGUUUUCUGUUGUUUUCUUCGGUAUUCUUCUAAAUAUUCUGUUGGUGUAUAAAAGCAGGAAUGUUGACGGUGAAACAUUGAACGGAUUUUAUCCCCACUGAGUCUGCGAGUGCCUCGACUCCCCUCCCUUCACUUCCUCUGCAAAUCACAAGUUUUAGGUAUUUUCUAUUGAAUGCAGUAACUUAUGGGCCAGUACUAUAUUUACUCAGUGCAAUGCAGUUAUCAUUCUAAUAAUACAAUUAUUAAUAAUAUUUUGUUCUUUUUUUUGUAUUUGUACAGAACAAAUGUGUAAAGAUCAGCGAGGAAAACGUGAGCUUUUUGAUACUGUGACUCAUAGUGUUUAAAAGUCAGUUUCUCCCUGUACAGUUGUGAUUAUUCCCCUUCUUCUUUUAUAGAAUAAAAAAUGUUUUUGGUGCAAUUUAA